UUCGAUCUAGACUUCUUCUUGACGUUCGUCAAGUUUGGUUGACAGUUGACAUUCUACUCUCUUUUGUGACAAUUUCCUAGCAAAAUGUCGCUGGUGAUCCCAGAAAAGUUCCAACAUAUUCUCCGUAUCCUCGGUACCAACAUCGAUGGUAAGAGGAAAGUUAUGUUCGCCUUGACGGCGAUCAAGGGAGUUGGGAGACGUUAUUCCAACAUCGUACUCAAAAAGGCUGACGUCGACUUGGACAAGAGGGCCGGAGAGUGCUCCGAGGAGGAAGUUGAAAAAAUCAUUACCAUCAUGUCCAACCCACGUCAAUACAAAAUUCCCGACUGGUUCUUGAAUAGGCAGAAAGAUAUUGUUGAUGGUAAAUACAAUCAGCUCACAUCUUCAUCCUUGGACUCGAAACUGCGUGAAGAUUUGGAACGUAUGAAGAAAAUCAGGGCCCACAGAGGCAUGAGACAUUACUGGGGUCUCAGGGUGCGCGGUCAACACACCAAGACUACCGGACGUCGUGGACGCACUGUCGGUGUAUCCAAGAAGAAGUAAUUUAUAAUUAUUUUUUAAAUAUAAUGUUUAUAAAAUCAA